UAUUAUAAUGAAUAAUUUUUAUCCGUUAUAAUAGUUCUGUUAUUGAAAGUUGUUUUUCGAUUAGUGAAGAUUGGUAGGGGUAGAAGUGGUGGCAUCACAAGUGGAGGUAGAAGUGACGUGGAAAUGAAAAGAAUAGUUGUUGCAAUCGAAGGAGGUGUAUAUUCUAGCUAUACAUUGUUUAGGGAGUAUUGCAUGAAGCUUUGAACGAAACAUUGGGGGAAGAUAUUGCCAAAUAAAUGAAUAAUAAAUGAAGCGGUCCUACUUAAUAUUAAUUAUUUUCAUAAAAAAUUAAAAUUAACUAUCAAAAGUUUACAUAAAUAUUUUUAUUUCAACAAUUGUAUUAUUCAUUAAAUUUAUUUGCUAACGUUAAUCCGCAACUUUAAAUAGUUGUGUUGUGCAACAUUUUAUUCAUCAUCCCAAACUUUCUUUGUUGGUUGUGGAACAAGCAACCCAGAGAAAGAAAAUGCAAGCUUCAAUCGCAUGCAGUCGUCAUGUACAUGGAGUUAAUCCACUGCAGUCCCACGCCAACCAUCUUCCUCAAACAACCCUUCGACUAAAACCUCCCUACUGCGCUUUCACUCAACACAGAUCACCUUCUGGGAUAACACUCAGGUGCAAUUCCCAACCUCAAGCACUCCUAAACCUUUGCACACCAAGAGUGUGCAGUUCCAACGUGGGUCCACUUCGGUGUGGCAUUUCGUCGAACAUGUACGGUGGAAAAGAAAAUAGGGGAGUUGGGGAGUGGCUUGUGCUGGCUAGUGAGGUUCUUUCAGCAGCAUUUCCAUUGUGGGUCUCAAUUGGGUGUGUUGUGGGGUUGAUGAAACCCAGUUACUUCAAUUGGGUCACUCCCAAGUUGACGAUUAUGGGACUCAACAUCAUCAUGCUUGGCAUGGGCAUGACUCUCUCUAUUCAUGAUCUUCGUGGGGCAUUUUCCAUGCCAAAGCAAGUUCUCUAUGCUUUUGUCCUUCAGUAUUCGGUGAUGCCACUGUCUGGAUAUCUCAUAAGCAAAAUUUUCAAUCUUCCACCACAUUUUGCAGCAGGUUUAAUAUUAAUUGGUGGCUGCCCAGGAGCUGCUUCCAGUAACAUCAUAACCUAUCUUUCACGCGGAAAUGUGGCGCUGUCUGUAAUAAUCACAACUGCAAGCACCUUAACUGCAACGGUGAUGACUCCUUUUGUGACAGCAAAACUUGGUGGUAAAUUUGUGACAGUGGAUGCAUCUGGGUUACUGGUUUCAACAUUGCAAGUUGUUCUUGUUCCUGUGCUGGUUGGUGCAUUUCUGAAUCAGUUUUUCCAACCAAUUGUGAAAGUUGUCUCUCCAAUGAUGCCAGCCUUUGCAGUAACAAGUGUGGCAAUUUUAUGUGGGAAUGCUAUUGCUCAGAGUUCUUCAGCAAUCCUUGUGUGUGGUGGAGAAGUCAUUUUAGCCACCUUUCUUCUUCAUGCUUCUGGUUUUUUCUUUGGUUACGUUUUUUCAAGAUUCAUUGGGCUAGAUUUCUCAUCAUCACGAACCAUAUCCACUCAUGUUGGCAUGAAGAAUUCAAUUCUUGGGGUUGUUUUGGCAAUGAAGCACUUUGGGGAUCCCCUGGCUGCUGUACCUGCUGCUGUUUCAACUGUGUCUCAGUCAAUCAUUGGUAGCAUCCUUGCACGAAUUUGGAGAAACUCUCACCAUAUUUAAUCGCUCAGGAAAAAUGAUAUUUAAAUAUUACAGAAAUAAAGGGAGAAUUAUAAGCAUGAUACAUGCUUUGAGGAGAAUAUUUACACAUACUAAAAUCUAUUGGGAAUUGUAUU